CUUCCGAUCACCGACAAACUCCCAACCAAGAAAAAAAGAAAAAAAGAAAAAGAAAAAAAUCACUCAUUACUGAUUAGAACGACAACAAUGGCUCUGGCAGCCAUUUUUAAAAUCUUCCAUUGCCUCUCUCAUCAUCAUCACUCACUCCCACAUGCUUCCAAGAAACGCCUCAACCUUCCGAUUUAUGAAUCCCGAGAUGAAUGUUUCCCCCUUCUCUCUUCUUCCUUCUUCCAUUCUCGGAAUCCCCGUUUCUUCCUCCUCCUGAUUCUCUGGACAUUGCAACGGAAUUCAGAUGCUCUACUCCUCCUGCUGCUGCGUCCCACUCUGUUUUUGUUUUGGUCCUUAGAUCUCAUUUCCUUCUUUUGCCUUCCUUUUUCUUUCCCAGCUUUAUUCCCUCUUUUUCUUUUUCUUUUUCUUUGUCUUUAUCUUUUACUGCUCUCUAGAUUUGGUUUUCCAACUUCCUGUAGUUUUUUUUUUUUUUUUUUGUUUCUAAUGAGCUUCGACUUCGCUUUCGAACUAUGGAUGCUUUCUUCUUUUAACCUUUUUUAACUUCCGCUUCAUGAAUCUUGCGUUUCUGUUAUGCAAUGUGAGAUGAUUAUUUGUUAAAAUAUUUGGAAAUCUCUUUUUCUCUUUAAUUCUGUUUUGUUUUUUAGUUCUUGUCGGUGUAGCGAGAGACCAGGUUUGGGAGUUGUUAGAUCCUUGUAAUUAUGUUUUUCAAUUGGUUUGAGGAUACAGAGUGUGGGAUUCCUUCUAUAGUUGCUGUAAUAUUCUGAAUUUCUUUGUACCUUUUGGAUUCAUUUGAAGAGGAUGGUGAUUGAAUGUUUGAUUGCUGUAAUCCUUGAUUGAAGUUGGCGGCUACUGUUUCUGACUUUGAGAUUUUGAUGGAUUUAGUACAUUACGAUGAGCGACUGCUCAUCUAUUGAUUUCGAUUUUAUAAGGAGCCGAGUCAGAGUUCAGCAUUUUGUUUCAAUUUGAUCUAUAUUUUGCCUUUGCACGUUUCCAGAUUCAUAAAAUCUAAAGAUGACCUUGUAGUUGUUUGCCGUUUUCUUUCUACAGUUUCGUAAGAGGGUUUUCUUUUUGGCUCAUAAAUUUUAGUUAUCAUUACUAUUUUAUUUGUAUGGGAAACAAUAGUUCAAUGUUGAUGCUUCAUUCAUGUUGCUAGCAUGGCUUCGUUUUUCAAUUUAUUAUCCCUGUGGCUACUUAUUAGUGUUGCUCAUUGAUUUUUAUUUUAAUUGCAGGUUUUAAGAUAGUUUAACACCUAGAAUCGCCUGAGGAUUUAUCUCCUGAAGAGUUGUUGGAACCAUAUACUGAAGCAUCUACAAUACGUUUGAUCCUAGUUAACUUUACAGUGAUUCCAGUUGAUAGUGUUCCUAUUUGUAAUUGUUGGAAGUUUGAAUCUGUUAAAAAUGAAAGAGAUGGACAAGAGAAAAACUCCUGUUAAGAACCAGAGUAAACGAACUCCUAGAGCAGAGAGGAAAGAACGCAGACCACAGCAAGAGAAUAAUAACAAAACCAUGGAGGCUAAAGAAUCCAUACCGAAGGGAUCACAUAUGAAGCCGAACAGUUUAGUAAGCGAGUCAAGCACAAACAUGAAAUCCUCCAAUGUUCAUCAAAACUUGAUUACAGAUCAUGUUGCUGAUGCCAACAAGUUUGAGCUGGAGAAACAUCAAGACUCUGAAGCCAAUGUGAUUGCUGAAAGGGGGAAUGAGAAUGUUGUGGAUAAUAAAUGUACUGCAUUGGAGAAAGACGUGAGUCACAGGAAGGAAGAAAUUUCAGACUCAGAGACCAUGAUAGAUUCGAUUUCAUCAAAAAGUGAUUCAUUGACAACAAAGGAAGAGAAAGUAGAAAGAGCAUCAAAUUUUCCUGAAAAUAUUUUAGAAGAUAGCAGUUCAGAUUGCUCUCUUCAGAAUUCAAGUGAACAAGUUGAUAAUGAAGUAAAUAAAUCACCAUCCGAGGAAUUAUCUUGUACUCCAAAGAAAACAACAAACUCAGAUAGAGACCCACCAAGAGUUAAAAACAAGAAGUCUUCCAAAAGCAAUUCUAGGAGUGCAAAAAUUGUGCCUAAACCUUCAUCAGAGUCUUCUGAAGGAACUGAUUACCAGAUUGUUGACGAGGUAAAAGAUAUUGAAGUCUUGGAUGAGGCAUUAAAUGGUGUUCUCAGCAUUAGAAACGGUCCCGAUACUAAUGGUGUCCAUGACAAUCAGGCUGUUUCUGAACAAAAAAUUGAAGAAAUGGAAAAUAGAAUCGAUAAACUUGAAGAAGAGUUGAGAGUUGUUGCAGCUCUUGAAAUGUCUCUUUAUUCAGUAGUACCAGAGCAUGGGAGCUCAGCGCAUAAAGUGCAUACACCUGCUCGACGCUUGUCUAGAAUUUACAUUUAUGCUUGCAAACAUUGGUCUCAAGACAAGCGAGCCACAGUUGCAAAGAACAUUGUAUCAGGGCUAGUUUUGAUUGCUAAAUCAUGCGGGAGUGAUGUUCCAAGGCUAACCUUCUGGCUAUCAAAUACUAUUGUGAUGAGGGAGAUAACAUCUCAAACAUUUAGCAGCCUUCAUAGCUCAAAUCCAUUGAAAAAUUUUGUUGAUUCCAACAACAGUAGUCAGAAAAAUGGUUGGAAGCCAACAGCCGUUCAAUGGAGGAAUAGUUAUGGCAGUAAACAAGUAAAUUCAUACAUGCAAUCUGUAGAGGAUUGGCAAGAGACGGGAACUUUUAUGGCCGCAUUAGAAAAAGUUGAAUUCUGGAUCUUUUCUCGGAUCGUUGAGUCUGUUUGGUGGCAGUCAUUAACUCCAAAUAUGCAACAUCGAGACCCAUCCAAAAACAAAAUCAGGGAACGGUUAAUGGGACCUCCCUUGGGUGAUCAGCAGCAAGGGAACUAUUCAGUUAACCUUUGGAGAAGUACUUUCCAGGAUGCUUUCCAACGACUCUGUCCUGUCCGAGCAAGCGGUCACGAGUGUGGUUGUCUUCCUGUUCUUGCAAGAAUGGUUAUGGAACAGUGUGUUUCGAGGUUAGAUGUGGCAAUGUUUAAUGCUAUUCUUCGUGAGUCUGCCCAUGAGAUUCCAACUGAUCCUGUCUCAGAUCCUAUUGUUGAUGCCAAGGUUCUUCCUAUACCUGCUGGAGAUUUGAGCUUUGGAUCUGGUGCACAGCUAAAAAAUUCUGUUGGAAAUUGGUCUAGAUGGUUAACUGACAUGGUUGGCAUUGAUGCCGACGACUCUUCAGUAGAUCAACAUGGCAGCGAUUAUGACAUUAAAUCUGAUAAGGAUGGAAGGCCCCAAUCAUUUCCUCUACUUAAUUCGUUGAGUGAUCUCUUGAUGCUUCCAAAAGACAUGCUUACAGAUCGUUCAAUCAGAAAAGAGGUCUGCCCUUUGAUUAGUCUUCCUCUGAUUACAAGAAUACUUUGUAAUUUCACUCCUGACGAGUUCUGCCCCGAUCCCGUUCCAGGAACCGUCUUGGAGUCUCUUAAUGCUGAGAGUAUUGGCGAACAGAGAGUGUCGGGUUACUCGGGGAGGAACUUCCCCUACACAGCUGCUCCAGUUUUUUAUAUUUCUCCUUCAACAUCUGACGUGGCAGAAAAAGUUGCCGAGGCUGGAGGAAAAUCCCACUUGGAAAGAAACAUCUCUACCAUUCAGAGGAAGGGAUAUACGAGCGACGAAGAACUCGAGGAACUGAAUUCUCCUCUCUUGUCAAUUGUGGAUAAAUCAACUUUGUCUUUGACAUACAAUGCUCUUGGUAAUGGCGAACAUGAAGACGGUACAACAUUCAACAUGAGGUACAAACUCCUACGAGAAGCAUGGUCGGUAUGACUGAAUGCUCAAACAAGUCUUGUAUGUAUUUCAUUUACAGCAUAUAUACAUUGUUUCUUUUAUGAGACACUCAAUUUGAAUGAGAUAUAUAGAAAUAAAAUAGGGGGAAGUGUUAGCCGAUUUAGAUUAUCAUAGAAAGUAUCGGGUAUCUCAACCGAAUUUUCUUGUAAAUUGGAUUUGAGUUUUUGUUCUUAUACAUAAAUCAUGAACACAUUUAUAUAAAUAGCUUUAAUUAAUUUUUUUUUUGUA